CGGUGUUACUUCGGUGCUUAACGAUCCGAAACAAAACCACCUAUAAAUCAGUCCGCCUGUCGUUCGUUCUAGUUAUCAACUCGAAAGCAGCUUAUCGAUUUGACAUUUUGACAAUUGACAAUUCGGAUACGAAAGUUUAUUUGGGAAGUCACAUUUUUUGAAAAAUAAUUGAAUACACUGGAUUUUGUAACAAUGGAUGAUUCUGAUUUAAUGCACGGUAAUAACGACUAUGGCUACUCUCAAAGUCAUCUUGGUGAAAGUGUUGAUGGAACUAGACGUAGAAGCUCCAAUAGAUCGAUCAAACGUAGAAAAUUUGACGAUGAAUUAGUAGAAUACAGUCUUGGAAUGCCAGGAAUGUCCAACUUCAAGAGCGGCAGAUCUCGAACACAUUCUUCUCACUCAGAGUUUUCAGUUGCAUCCCCUUCCACUCCCCCAGUAAUUUUACAGCCAUCAACGUCGCAGUCCUAUGCCGAUUCGAAACGCAGACAUCUCUCCAAAAGCCUUCCAGGAACUUCGAAGAGAGGAAGGAAGAGCGGUAGACAAGGAGGGCAGCUAGCUCCAAAAGAUUUAGGAAGGUGGAAGCCCAUUGAUGAUCUCGCUCUCAUUAUCGGAGUGCAGCAAACCAAUGACUUACGAACUGUUCAUUUGGGAACAAAGUUUUCUUGCAAGUUCACUGUUUCGGAACUACAGCAGAGAUGGUAUGCCCUCCUGUAUGAUCAGGCCGUUUCCAGGGUUGCGGUAUCUGCUAUGAGGAACCUCCAUCCCGAUAUGAUUGCAGCCGUCCAAGAUAGGGCUUUGUGGAGCCAACAGGAAGAAGCUUUGUUAAGUACCGUCAAAGCUAACACAAAUCCUCCUCCGACAACAGAUACAUUCGCAGAGAUGCUUUCACAGCACCCAGAUAUUUUUUACACAGGCCGCACUGCAACUUCAUUGUUUCGCCACUGGCAAAGCCUGAAAUUGUAUAAUCUACUUCCCGACCAAUCUCUGGGACCUACCUCAGCCACAGGUCGGCCUAUCCUGACAUUUAAUGACGCAGAAGAAUACAUUCAGGAUAUAGAUCUGAAUGAACCGCCUGAUGAAGCUCUGGACAAGGAGUUGAAGCUGCAGCAGAGGCGUAACGUGAAGGAAAUUAGGCAUCUCGAAAAUGAAAUAGGGCGUUGGAAUGUUUUAGUCGACAGUGUUACAGGAAUAUCUCCUGGAGAACUGGACGGUCAAACGCUAGCAGUUUUGAGGGGAAGGAUGGUGAGAUACUUGAUGCGUAGUAGGGAGAUCAGUAUUGGAAGAUCUGGAAAGGGUCAUUUGGUGGAUAUAGAUUUGGCCCUGGAAGGUCCUGCUCAUAAAAUUUCUAGACGACAAGCUACAUUAAGAUUGAGAAAUACUGGCGAGUUUUACCUUUCCUCAGAAGGAAAGCGACCAAUUUUUGUAGAUGGUCGUCCAAUAACUGCUGGAAAUAAAGUACGUUUGUAUGAUAAUACUGUGGUGGAGAUAGCAUGCCUAAGAUUCAUUUUUUCUGUGAACCAUGAUCUAAUUAGAGCAAUCCAUAAUGAAUCAGUAAGAUACAACUUGCCGCCAUGAAGUCUGUGAGCUGAAAUUUAUAGUGUAUUUGAAUUAGAUUAAUUUUGUACAAGUUUCAUAAUUACGGUUCAACCUUUUAUUGUUUGUAGUUGAUUACACAAGUUUUCAUAGUU